AUGGUACAAAAAGACAUCGAAGAUGAGAAUCACCUCAUUAGAAACAAUGAAGCUGAAGCUGAAGCGGUGGAACCAGACAAGUCACGAACACUGUACGAUUAUCAAACACGAGUUGUAGCAUACAAGGACCUUAUCAAUUCCAAUUGUAUUAUGGAGGUCCUCAACGGAGGCACAAGCCAUAUCAGCAAAUGGAGGUCUAACAGCUACUCCAAGGAUAGUAUUCCUAAGAGUUUGUCAGUGUCCAGUCAGUUGUUAUCGAAACGUCAGAUAUGGCGUCUUGGAGGUCAAAGAAUAACAGAAUUUUGCAGAGGCUUCCCUACAUAUCUAAUGAAAGAUGAUUCAAGCGAAGGUCAAAAUGAAGACGACACUUACUGGAAUGACUUGGCCAUAGAGAGAAUGCGUAAAAAACGGUCCACAAGAUAUUAUCUUAAGGGACGAGUCAGAGGUCAAACUCAGUCCCAAUAUUUAAAUUUUGGAAGAUCGGAUCAGCCCGGUGUGGCGGAAGCUGAAUCUAAUUUUGAAGGUUCUAAAGCAGCUGUUAGUGGAAAUAAUGGAAUGGGGCAAGCUCAGAGUCAAAGUAUUCCGGUUGGUUGUGAUGGUUGUUUCGACCAAGGAUUAGGUCAAUCUGGCUUGCCUGACCAAGAACAAGUUAUAGAAUUUGGUUUUGUACCAGGAGGCCCUGGAAGACUUCAACAAACAGGUCCGGGAGGACGUGGACAAGGAACAUUUGGAGGUAACGGACAAAUAGGUCCUGGAGGCCCUGAUCAAGUAGGCCCUGGAGGUCCUGGGCAAGUAGGCCCUGGAGGUCCGGGACAAGUAGCCCCUGGAGGCCCUGGUCAAGUAGGACCUGGAGGUUCAGGACAAGUAGGCCUUGGUGGCCCUGGACAAGUAGCCCCUGGAGGCCCUGGUCAAGUAGUCUCUGGAGGUCCAGGACAAGUAGGCCCUGGUGGCCCUGGACAAUUAGGCCCUGGUGGCCCUGGACAAUUAGGCCCUGGUGGCCCUGGACAAUUAGGCCCUGGUGGCCCUGGACAAGUAGGCCCUGGAGGGCCUGGACAAGUAGGCCCUGGAGGUCCUGGAUACGUAAGUACUGGACAAGUAGGCCCUGGAGGACCUGGACAAGUAGGACCUGGAGGUCCCGGACAAGUAGGCCCUGGAAGUCCUGGUCAAAUAGGCCCUGGAGGAUCUGGACAAAUAAGACCUGGAGGGCCUGGACAGAUAGGUCCUGGAGGUCCUGGACAAAUUGGCCCUGGAGGUACCGGACAAGUAGGACUUGGAGGACCUGGACAAAUCGGUCCUGGACAAGUUGGUCCUGGACAAGUAAGUCCUGGAGGACCUGGACAGGUAGGCCCUGGAGGUCCUGGAUACGUAGGCCCUGUGCAAGUAGGCCCUGGAGGCCCUGUGCAAGUAGGCCCUGGAGGACCUGGACAAAUAGGCCCUGGAGGUCCCGGACAAGUAGGCCCUGGAGGUCCCGGCCAAGUAAGCCCUGGAGGUCCUGGACAAAUAGGCCCUGGAGGUUACGGACAAGUAGGCCCUGGAGGCCCUGGACAAAUAGGCCCCGGGCAAAUAGGGCCUGGACAAGUGGGCCGUGGACAAGUGGGUCCUGGACAAGUAGGCCCUGGGGGUCCAGGACAAACAGGACCCGGACAAGUAGGCCCUGGAAGACCUGGACAAGUAGACUCUGGUGGCGUAUUUAAUGGUGGACUAGCUGGUAGUUAUCAAAGUAACCUUGGUCAAGCUGGACGUUUUUCGGGACAAUUUUCUGGUCAGUAUCAAACUGACAAUUAUUCUAAUGGUUACACUGGACAAGUACUCCCUACAACUUCAUAUCAAGGCGAAACAGGUCAAUAUGGAACAGGAAGCGGGAGAGGGCGUUUUUCUGGUCAAUUCUCGGGUCAGUAUGGCCCAGAUGGAACCCUUCAGUAUGGACAAGACGGGACAGGUCAGUACGGAGCAGGUGGCACCAGCCAAUACAGACCAGGAGGAACAAGUCAGUACGGACCAGGAGGAGGCACUCACUAUGGACCAGGUGGAACAAGUCAAUACGGACCGGGCACUACUGGGCAGUACGGAGCAGGAGGGACCACUCAACACAGGCCUGGUGAAACGGGUCAAACUGAUCAGUAUGGGCCAAGACAAAAUGGUCAACAUGGAUCAGGAGGAACAGUUCAAUAUGGACCGAGUGGCUCUAGUGGAACUGGGCAAUAUGGACCUGGUGGAACUAGUCAGACCGGACCUGGUAGGACUAGUCAAACCGGACCUGGUGGAACUAGCCAAACUGGACCUGGUGGAACUAGUCAAACUGGACCUAGUGGAGCCGGUCAAUAUGGACUAGGUGGAAACGGCCAAUAUGGAUCCGGAGGAACCGGUCAAUACGGACCAGGGGGAACUGGUCCAUACGGGUCAGGGGGAACCGGUCAAUAUGGACCAGGGGGAACCGGUCAAUAUGGACCAGGAGGAACGGGUGAAAAUGGACCAAGCAGAACCGAUCAAUAUGGACCAGGUCAAUACGGGUCAGGGGGAACCAGUCAAUACGGGCCAGGGGGAACCAGUCAAUACGGGCCAGGGGGAACCAGUCAAUACGGGCCAGGGGGAACCAGUCAGUUAGGGCCAGGGGGAACCAGUCAAUACGAACCAGGAAGAACGGGUCAAUAUGGACCAAACGGAAAUGGUCAGUAUGGAUCCGGAGGUACCGAUCAAUAUGGGCCCGCAGGGACAGGACAAUAUGGAUCCGGAGGAACGGGCCAACAGGGGCCCGAGGCAACCGGUCAGUAUGGGCCCGGAGGAGGUCAAUACGGACCAGGAGGAACAAGCCAAUACGGAACUGGUCAAUAUGGACCUAAUGGAACCGGUCAGUACGGACUCGGCGGAACUGAUCAAAACGUACCAAGUCAGUACAGUAGAUAUCCUAGUACUGCAGGUCAGCAAGAGGCCGACGAUUCAGACUCUCAAGUGCAGACAUCCGUUCAACAGAUAGAAAAUGGCACACAUGCCCAAGCCGAGGCACAGGGUACACAUGGUGGAGGUACAGCCCAGUCUCAGGUGUCAGGAACGUAUUCGGGAUCGGGUUCAUUCAGUGCUUCCGCGGGUUCUGACGACGGUAAGAGAGGGGCUCAAACCCAAGUUGCAGGUGGAAAGGAUGGAGCUCAAAGUUCUGCGCAAGGACGGGGAGGUUUGGGACAGUCACAAGCACAAGUUGUAUUAUCUUCAGAGACAGGAAACACAUUAUCAAGUGCGCAAAGUAGUGGUUUUAGCCACGGUACUCAGUCUCACGUUCAAGCUUCUGAAAAGGGGGGUAUGGCGGAUGCACAAGCAAACGCUCCAGGUAGUACUUCGUCACAGGCACAGAUUGGCUUUUCUCCUUACGAUGAAAAUGAAGAAGAUAAUCAAACUACUGCAUUCAGAGGAGGUGGAACUGCAGGUGCACAAAGUGGAUCAUCCUCUGGAAUGACUCAGACUCAAAUUCAAGGUAAAUUUCGAUAUGGAAUAAAAUAUAGUGGUGCUGCUCAGGCCGGAUCCGGUGCAGCAGGUGUAGGAGGAAAUCAAACUUUUAGGCCUGGACCUUUUAAACCAGUUCAAUUACCAUCAUUUUCAACAAUAAAUGAACAAUCACAAACUAUUUCUCAGAAAAAAAACAAUCCUCAACCUCAAACACAAAAUAAAGAUAUAAGCGACACUACUAUAAAUCCUAUAGAAAAUAGUGAAAACAAUUCUGAAGAAUACAGUCAAGAAAACUAUAUGGACAAUAAGGACUACAAUGAGGAUGAAUAUCCUGAAAACACAGAAAGACCCUUAACAAAAAGCAUUAUAACCCAAUCAACCGAAAAUCAAAGACAGCAUAUCGUACUGGACCCAUUAGAAAAUAUAGAUAUAAGUGUCUACCAAAGCAAAGGAAAUUAUCCAUCAGAAGGCCAAACAUUGCAGCCAGGAGACACUAUUCCUGGGUCUCCCGGUUAUAAAAUACCCCUUGGAUUUAGAGGAACUGUUAAAUCUAUAUCAAAUGGGCGUAACACUUACGCAAUUGGAAAACAUUCACAGGCACAGAGUGUUACAAUAUCUCCUGGAACCGGAAGAAUUAUAUAUAAAAAACCAGUUUAUGCGGUUGCAUCAAAAACACAUUUUCGGAAUGGUAAAUACGGAUACGGUUCCGGAUAUACAUAUCAACCAGCCUACCAACCAGUCCAAUAUCUUCUGAAAAACGGCAAGACGCUUCCGAACUUUAUGUCCGUGACAAAAUCCGAAACAGGUUCAAGAAAUAUUUAUACCGGUAGAAAAACUCCAAACAUUUACUACUCGCAAUCGUCGACCUGUGGUGUGUUCACAAAUCAUUGUAUAUUUAACGGUAGCAAAAAAGUAUGUACCCCGAAACUUAAAACUAAUCCAGAUGGUACGCUGAUGACGUGCUAGAACUGUAUUAUAUGUGUAAAUUUAAGUUAGUUAUAUUUUUUUUAUAAAACAAAUGCAUUUUAUAAAGACUAGAUACAAUAAAUUAUUAAAUAUAUU